CUGUUUUUGUCGGCUCUGUGGGAAGGUCCUUGUUUCUUUUCAGCUUCUGAUCCUUGGCUCCUCGGUAAUCUUCAUAUGGCUUGGCAUCUAUCUUUCCCCAUCUCUGCUUGCUUCUCUAUGUCUAAUCUGCUCUUUUUAUAUCUCAAAACGUGAUUGGCCUAAAACACAGCCUACACUGAUAAGGCCUCUUAACAUAACAAAGAAAACCAUUCCCAAAUGGGAUUAUAAGCACAGGUAUAGGGGUUAGGAUUUACAACACAUAUUUUUUUUGGCGGGGGGGGGCACAAUUCAAUCCAUAACAUGAAGUGAAACAAAAAGUGAAAGAAUUAUUCACUCCUUUUGAAAUAGUCUGGAAUUACUGGACCAAUUAAUUUAGGAUGGCUGUUCAUGACCUCAAGGUUUUCUUAUCAGAACAUUAAUUUUCCACCCAAAACCUAAAGUGAUCUGUUUAGAGCAAGGGAAGAACCAUGGGUCUAAGGUCUGUAAGUGUUCCAAGAUAAUACUGCAUAGCUUUCUACAGGUAAGUGGGUAGAGGGAAAAUACUCCCUUAUAGGAACCUUUACAGGGGCUUAGAAUUUUAAAGUUCUAGUUCUGUAUUUGUUUUCGUUGACAUUUCCGUUGAGACAGUUGUAGAUUCACAUGCAGAUUUAAAACAUAAUACAUAGAGACCCAUGUACACUUCACCCAGUUUCCUCCAAUGCUAGCAGAAUAUCACAACCAGGAUAUUGAAAUUGAUACAGUCCUCCAGUCUUAUUUAGAAUUCCCCAGUUUUACUUGUACUCAUUUCUGCAUGUACGUAUGAAUUUAGUCUGUUCAAUUUCAACACGUGUGGACAUUUGUGUAUCCACCACCACCAUCAAGACACUGAACUGUCCCAUUUCCACAAGCAUCCCUCCUGGUGCCCUUUUAGAACCACGUACACUUCCCUAUCACACGCUCCUUCCAGUCCUGUCACUAACCCAUACCAACCACUAAUAUUCUAUAUUUCUAAAAUGUUUGCCAUUUCAAAACUGUUACAUAAAUGGAAUCAUAGAAUGUAUACCUUUUGGGGUUGGCUUUUUUUCAUUCAGCCUAAUUCCUUGGAGAUUCAUCCAAGUUGGUACAGAUAUCAAUAGUUCAUUCCUUUUAAUUACUGAGUAAUAUUCCAUGGUGUAAGUGUAACACAGAUUGUUUAAAGAUACACUCCUUGAAGGAUACCUGUGCUCUCUCCAGGUUUGGGCUAUUAUGAAUAAAGUUGCUGUCAACAUUUGUGUACAGUUUUUAUGUAAACAAGCUUUUCAUUUCUCUGGGAUAAAUACACAAGAGUGUGCUUGCUGGUUCAUAUGUUAAUUGCAUCUUAGUUUUAUAAGAAGCUGCCAAACUGUUUCCAGAGUGUCUGUGCCACCUGACAUUCUCAUCGUCAAUGUAUGAUUGAUUGAUCCAAUUUCUCCACACCCAAGUCAACAUUUUAUAUCUGUCUUUUUGAUUAUAACCAUCUUAGUUGGAGCCCAGGUGGUGCCGUGGUUAAGAGCUUAGCUGGUUACCAAGAGGUCAGCAGUUCAAAUCCACCAGCUGCUCUUUGGAAAGCCUUUUGGGCAGUUGUGUUCUGUCCUAUAGGUUCGCUAUGAGUCUAAAUCAACUCAAUGGCAACGGGUUUGGUUUUUUGUUUUGUUUUGUUUUGUUUUGUUUUUUUGGUUAGUGGGUGUGAAGUGGUAGCUCAUUAUGUUUUUGAUUUGCUUUUCCGUAAUGGCAAACGAUGUUCUACAUCUUUUCAUGUGCUUAUUUGCUUCCUGUAUAUCCUUUCCAGUGAAAUGUCUUUUGACCAUGUUCUACUUGGAUUGUUUGUCUUUUACUAUUGAGUUUUGAUAGUUUCAAAAUAUAUUUCAGAUACUACUCCUUUGUCGGAUAUGUGGUUUGGAUAUUGUUUCUCCCAGUAGACUUUUUUUGACCCUCUUCUCAGGGGCUUCUGCAGAGCAAAAUUCUUUAAUAUUGAUGACGCCAGGUUUUAAUCUUUUCCUACAUGGAUCAUGCUUUUGGUGUCAAGCCUAAGAUUUCUGUGCCUACAUCUAGAUCUUGAAGAUUUUCUCCUAUUUUUUUUCUAAAAGUUUAGUAGUAGUUUGACAUUUUACGUUCAAGUCUAUGAGCCAUUUUGAGUUAAUUAUUAUAUAAGAUGUCAUGUUUAGGUUAUAGUGCAUUUUUUUUUUGGCCUAUGGAUAUUCCGUUGUUCAGCACCAUUUGUUGAAAAGGAUAUCCUUUCUUAAAUGAAUUGCUUUUGGGCUUUUGUCAGAGAUCAGUUGGGCAUAUUUGUGUGCAUCUGUUCCUGACUUCUCUGUUCUGUUCCACUGGUCUGUUUAUCCCUCCAUCAAUACCACACUGACUUGAUUAUUGUAGGUAUACAAUAAGCCUUAAUAUCAGGAAGACUGAUACUUGGCACUUUAUUCUUGGUCAGGAUCGUUUUAGCUAUUUUAGGACUGGUACUUUUUCAUAUAGAGGAACCCUGGUGGUACAGCGGUUAAAGUGUUUCACUGCUCACUGAAGGUGGGCAGUUUGAACUCACCAGCCACUCCAUGGAAGAAAGAUGUGGCAGCCUGCUUCCAUAAAGAUUUAUAGCCUUGGAAAGUCGCUGGGGAGUUCUUUUCCUAUAAAUUUCAGAAUAAGCUUAUCUAUGUCUACAAGAAACUUUUUUUGUGAUUUUAUGGUAGGAAUUACAUUAAACCUAUGUGUCAAAUUGAGAAUCAACAUCUUUACUACGUUGACUUCUAAUCCAUGAGCACUGUAUGAUUCUCCAUUUAUUUAGGUCUUCUUUGAUUUAGUUUAUCAGUUUUUUAAAUUAAAAAAAAAUUUCCAGCAUACAGAUCCUCUACAUGUCUUGUUAAAAGUAUGCCUAAGCAUUUCAUUUUCAUCUGAGUGAUUAUAAAUAGUAUGUCAUUUUUAAUGUCGGUUUCCACAUGUUCAUUGUUGGUAUGCAGGAACGCCAGCGAUGAUUGUGUUUUAAUAUUGUAUCCUGUGAUCUUAUGGAACUUAUUUAUUUGUUCUAGGAGUUUUUAGUAAUUUUUUGGAAUUUUCUCCAUAGACAGUCACAUUAUCUGCAAUGCCUUGUAUUUCUUUCUCAUAUUAUUGCAGUGGUUCAGGCUUGGAGUACUCGCCUUGUUCCCACAAUCAUAGCAGUUACUCACCCAGUCUUUCAACAUUACAUAUGCUGUUAUCUGUAUUAUUUUUAUGUUCUUCAUCAAGUUGGUAUAAUUCCCUCUAUUCCUAACUUGCUGAGAGAUUUUAUCAUGAAUCAAUGUGGAAUUUUGUGAAAUGCUUUUUUUGCACAAAUUAAUAUGAGCAUAUUUUUCUUCGUUGGCUUGUUAAUAUACCAGUUUACAUUGAUUGAUUUUUAAAUAUUGAACCAGCCUUAUAUUUCUGCAAUAAAUCCCACUUGACCGUGGCAUAUAAUUCUUCUUACAAAUUUUGUUUUCGUUUUGCCAGUAUUUUGUUGAUCUAAGUUAAAGUGAGAUAUUGGUCUGUCGUUUUCUUUUUUGGUACUGUCUUUGUCUGGUUUUGCAGUAUGGGUGAUUCUAUAUACCGUGGACUGCCAAAAGAACAAAGAAAUCUGCCUUGGAAGAAGCACAUCCAGAAUGCUCUUUGGAAGCCAGGAUGGCAAGACUUUGUCUCACAAAGUUUGGAUGUGUAAUCAGGAGGGAUCAGUCCCUGGAGGAGGAUUUCAUGCUUGGUAAAGUAGAGGGUCAGCGAAAAAGAGGAAGACCCUCAAGGAGAUGGAUUGACACGGUGACUGCAGCAAUGGGCUCAAGCAUAACAACCAUCACGAGGAUAGUACAGGGCCAAAAGUUUUUUCAUUCUGUUGUAUGUAGAAUUGCUGUGAGUCGGAACCAGCUGGAUGGCUCCUAACAACAACAGCAACAACAAGGAGUCUCUGGGUGUUGCAAAUGGUUGAUGCAUUCACCUGCUUACCGGAUAUUGUCAGAGGGACUCCAUUUGGUUCGGGGGAGAAUGAGCCUUCCUGGGCUGCCAUCUAUUUCUAGUUUGGGGUUGGGAAAUACUCGACCUGGGUCACCGUUUUUUGGGCGCUGUUGUAUCGUUCCUCCAGUCCUGGAGUUCCAAUCCAGGUUGUCUAAUUCUUACCACUUUUCAGAGUUCCCUUUUUGUUGUCUCUCAUGUUAUUCCCCGGGUUUGUACUUGUGCUCAGUUGGAAAGAGUAGGGAGAAACGGUUCUAUACCAUUUGUCCAGGACAGACCAGAAAUAUUUUGUUCCUGUAUUUUUUUAAUUCCAUCGUUAUUGAAUAUUCUCUCCAUUCCUGUGGUUUUCUUGCUCUGGGAUACAGACGACUGAUUCUUGCGUUUAUUUCGAGAGGAUUAAGUCUCAAAAACGACAGUGGAAAUGAUCAGCCCGUGUUUCCUUAUGAGUUAGAAAUACAAGCACCAGGAGGCAAAGUAUCAAGAAAAGCCAGAGUGAAAGUUCCCCAGAAAAUAACAGGCACAGAAAAUCGUGGUGGUACACACAGGGUAAGGAAACGGCAUCAAAAUUUUCCAGGGAAGAAAAGAAAGAAACAUUCAACAUGUAAACAAGAGCUGCCAAAAUGUAUGGAUCUUCAUAGGAAAGACCACACAGGGGAGAAACCUUUCAAAUGUCAGGAAUGUGGGAAAAGCUUUAGAGUGAGUUCUGACCUUAUUAAACACCAGAGAAUUCACACUGAAGAGAAACCCUACAAAUGUCAACAAUGUGAUAGGAGAUUUAGAUGGAGUUCAGAUCUUAAUAAACAUCUAAUGACACACCAAGGAAUAAAACCCCAUAAAUGUUCGUGGUGUGGGAAAAGCUUCAGUCAUAACACAAAUCUCCACACACACCAAAGAAUCCACACAGGAGAGAAACCCUUUAAAUGUCAUGAAUGUGGAAAAAGAUUCAUUCAGAACUCCCAUCUUAUUAAACACCAGAGAACCCACACAGGUGAGCAGCCCUAUACUUGUAUCAUAUGCAAGAGAAACUUUAGCAGGCGGUCAAGCCUUCUUAGACACCAGAAACUCCACAGGGCAAGGGAAGUUGGUCCUGUGUCCCCAGUCUGAAUGAAGUCACUAUAUUGAGCCUGACCCUAGAGAGCGUAAAAGAACAUAAAAUCAUAAAUCACCAAUGAUAGGAAUCUCAUCAAUGAGAAAUUUGGGAGGUGCCCAUGCCAUGCUUCACAGAAAGGAAUACACGUUGCCUGUCUUGUCCAGUGUUAUAUCUUCAGUGCCUAGCACAAAUUGACAUAUAGGGAGUACCUUAUCAACAA